AUGAUCCUCGAACAUUACCUGGUGGUUCAGCCAUGGUCCCAGGAUUUCCGCCUCACAGAGAAGCUCCCACCAAGCAUCACACCAUGGGUAAGCUUUCCUGCUCUACCUAUUCAAUACUACCACAAUCAGAUUUUGACGGUGAUAGGCAAUCUUUUCGGUAAAACCAUCCGAAUUGACCCAAACACUCUCACCGUUCAAAGAGGAAAGUUUGCUAGAAUGGCUAUCGAAAUCGACGUCUCAAAACCACUACGCACAAGAUUUUGGCUAGAUGGGCACUGGCAAGCUGUGGAAUAUGAAAAUCUACCUCAGUUGUGCUUCACCUGCGGCAGAAUCGGACAUCUAGAAGAGGCUUGCCCCACCAAGCAACUUCUAGAAAUAACCGCCGCCGCAUCCUCCCCACCGUCGACCCAGAACAUUACCCAACAUCACCAUGAACCAAAAGCUAACUACGGCCCUUGGAUGCAAGUCCAGAGACGCAAUUGGAGGAAUACCAAACCAGGUAAACAGUCCCCCGCCGCCGACAACACUCAUCGGGUGAGAACUCAGGCAAACGGUGGCAAUACGACGACUCCAAAUCUGAACCGACAAGGUAACAUCAAUAUUGUCAGAAGAGGCUCCAAUACCCAUGAUAACAACAAUAAACAAAGCUUUGCCUCUGGCCACGACAACGGUAUCAACAUGGAGGAAGAGCAGAGCAUUAAUAAAGGAAUGGGUGAUCUGACUAAGGAAGAAAUCGCAGCAAAAGAAAAGUUGAAGAUAGCUAAGCUUUCAGCCUCUUCGCUUGCCGCAGUAGAAGAUAAAAACAGGAGUAAAACACUAAAUGCGGCGCAGCAAAGGAAGAUGGCCGAAAUCCCUAUUUCAUCUCUCGGUAACAACAAGAAGACAACCAAUACUGGGCCAUCCUUCGCCUCUUCUACCCAAGCCCUUCACCUCUACAUGCCACAAAUCAAAGCCCAAUUUACCCAUCAAUUCCCCCAGCUCAAGUUGAUCAAAACAACAAAAAUCCAUAUGAUUUGUCAAACCCAGAACAAUCCAAAAUUCCAUUUAAUCCCUUUCCCACCCAUUCCUAUAACACCCACGACACUUCUACUUUCCACCCAACAUCUACUUUAA